AAACUCACUGAUAUUUAUUUCCGUCUAGUCGCGCGCGAUGAUUUAUUGAGAGAGUCAUUUUUUUCAUCCUCUAGAAAACAUAUUAAUCCAGCAAUAUUUCCGAAGGCUAGAAUCCUGAGUUGAUACUGCAGAGUUUUGUGGGUGUAUAGGUGAUGGCUUUGACUCUAGGAGUUGCCAAUGCAACGUCGCAAUGGCCUCCUCGUCCAAAUCGUUGUAGUAGUGGCGGUGGACCGAAGUUCAAACUUCUCCACGAAGGGGACAUACAAGUUUGCCGACUUAACCAUAGCCGAACUUUAAUAAGUAAAGUGCUUAGCUCCAAGUUUCUGCGAAGAUGGGAAGCUCAUCAUAUUUCUAUGGGGGAAUUUCAAAUGUUUUCUCAAACGUAUGCAGGGUUUAUGUUCACACCUGUGCCAUACCAUGAAAUUCAAGAUGUCUACACAGUCAACAGGUGGGACACAGGACAACAUUUUUGUAUAAGGAUUACAAUUCCUGAUGGCUCGUUACUUCUUCGGGCUCCCAAUGCUUAUAUGAGAGAUCAGUGGCUUCACUCACUAAAAUGGAAGGUUAAUCUUCAAAGAUAUAAAAAGUUAUUAUCAAAAACAAAUGACCCAGAAUCCUUGACUCGUGAGUUGAAGGACUUGGUGUUAUUUUCCCUUACGACUCCACUACAAGAUGAUGUGAUAUUUACAGUUCCUGUGAAAAUUGUAUCGGAUAUUUUAGCAAAUUACAGUGAUUCAUUUUGUGAGGAUGCUCAAGAAAAGUUAAUAGUGAUUUUUUUACAGGCCUUGGCACCAGUUUUGGAAUAUGUGCAGCCCUCUCCUGAAGUCUGCUCUUUCUUCAGCAAACAUUGUAAAGGCCAGUCACAAACCUUUAAUGUCCUGGACAUGUUUUUACCAGCCGUCCAUAGAAUUCUAAAACACAACAUGGACUUUGGCAAACUGCCUCAUCUGCGCAUGUUCGUACAAGACUAUAUCUUCACACUGUACAGUAAAAACGAAACUUCUACUGAUGUCCAGGAAUUUGUGAACAGUAUGCAUAGUCCUGGUGCUGUAUGUCCUCAUCCAAGAGUCUUGCCAAAUCUUGUAGCAGUUGUCCUUGCAGCUGUGUACUCUACAUUCGACCAACCAGAGAUGCUAAUUCAAGUUGGAGAGAUAAAUACCAAGUUUCUCUUGUGUUUUAUGACAGUACUUGACACUUGCGCACAGUUUGAAGACUGGAGACCCAGUGUGUCCACCCUGCUGCAGCCUAUUCCAUUCCCUAAGCAAGCGCUGAAGAAUGAAACGUUUGCGCUGUACAUAAGUGGAGUCAUCAAGUUGUUCGCAGAAGAUAAAAGAUGUGACGCAUUAACAUUCAUGCUGGAGGUGGAACUCCUCGAGGAUGAAAACGAAAAGCUACAAAUUGUUUCCACGUUGGAAAGCACAGAAGAAGGCAAAGAAUGCUAUGAAGAACUCUGUAAAAAGCGAAACAAGUUCAGAGAAAUGAUCGAGAAAGGAGGCCCAACAGUUCUAACCUUACCAACCAAAUCCACGGAUGAUGACUUGGCCAGACUCUUGAAAUCCGGUUCGUUCGGGAACCUAAAGAGUCUAAACCUUGCAUUCACCCACAUGACCAGUGCAUGUGCUGAACACAUUGUACUGUUACCAGGACUGAAACACCUGAACCUAUGGUCUACACAGUUUGGUGAUCUUGGCUUACAAAUGGUGGCAGAACACCUUCAUCAUCUGGAAUCACUCAAUCUCUGUGAGACGCCAGUAACUGAUGUGGGUCUGUCUGCACUAGUUGUCAUGACGAGCUUAAAAUAUUUAAACCUGAACAGCACCAAGCUAUCGCCGCCCAUGUAUGAAAGGUUAAAGAAACUUCCUAACCUUGAAGAGAUUGACGUGAGAUAUACAGAUGUGUGAAACAAGCACAAGAAACAAGAAGGAAUGGAGUAACAAUGGACGCAAAGUUUGGUUUGUGGACGUCUAAUGAAAAUAUUAAACAUUAGUAUUAUCGAUUUUGCGAUAAUACCUACUUAUUAAUAACUAAAGUAUCAAAGUGCCCAAACUCGAAUGACUGAGUUUAUAAGCAGUUUUAGGAAGACAAAAUACAAAACAAUCAUUACUAUAAAUGUUAGUAGGUUCUAUCUAUAGAAGAAUCAUGAGAAAAGACGAAGAAAGAGCAGUUCAGUAUAUACUUUACAGCCGUUCUCAAGGUAUAAGUAGUAGUGUAAUAGUAAUACUAUUGUGAAUGGUACAGGCUGCUCUCGAAGCUCGAAGUCACUCGAAAAACAAGGCUAACAGAAAGUCGCACUUGUAUUUAUAGGAAAGGAAAGGCCUUGCCCUUUCAUCGUAUGAAACGUUACGAGAGGUUACGAGACGAGUUCAGUGAGAAGUGAGUGCAACAUGACGCUUGUGAAUAUCUCGUGUAUUUAGUAAAUUGUCCUCGAGCCCGAAUGGGCUAUUGACUCGUAGGCUCUGAGGGCGAGAGGACUAAUUGUUUUAGUCAAUUCCAACUAGUUGGUCAAAUAUAUUUUAGAGCUAAAGUUAAAUUUAAUGUCUUUGUUUUGAAAGCCGGCACUUUUCGCUACUUGUAUGAUAUAACUUAUAGUCUAUUAGUAGUUCAUCCAAUCAGAACACAGCAUUGAUAAUAGAACACUAGUUGGAUUUGACUAAUUUCUGUUAGCCUUACACUGAAGACUCUAUUCCAUAAUGACGUCUUCACUAAACUGAACUAGACCAGAAUUAUGGAAAGAAUUGGAACAAAUAUUACAGAAAAUGAAAAUAUGGCAUGUCAUAUAUUUUAUUAGAGUUUUAGGAUAUUCUGCCCCAGUAUUCUAAACUUCUGACGUCCUUAUAAAAUGGGUCAUUUCAAAACAUCAGCAAUGACAAACGUUCGUUCAACUCAUCAAAGAUGGCGGCUAUGACGUAAUAUCAGCUGCUUACAUCACAGACAUUACAGAGAUCGUUCAAAUUCCACUAGUUCUGAAAAAGAGAACCAUUUAUAAAUAAGGAGUCACAAGCCUUGGGGCUUAAGCACUAUAGUCUUUGUUUUAUUAGAUUUAAUGCAUGUAUAUGGAAAAUGGCGGUAGCCAUCUUUGGAAAGCUCACGCGCCAUCUUCCCGAGUACUUGCUGUGUGCCUGCGAAGUGCUUUUCAAGUGCUUGGGUUAGAAGUACUCAGUGCGCAUGCUCGGAAAAUGGGCAAGAAAAAAAUGAAACGAAAAUAUGUAAAAUUGAAAAAAUGUACGAUUUUGAUGCGCUUAGCUAGUGAUUCUAUUUUAUUUUAAGAGUGUUAUUUUUCUUUAAAAACAUCUCGUGUUGCCUUCGUAUUUUCCGAGCAUGAUCAGUACGUUAUUCUUGCGUCGUUUUUUUACGACACAAUCCCGAGCGCCCGCCGACAAUCAUGUACAUAGUUAUGCAUGUGUUUUAAUGCCGCAUGCUAGAGUAGCUUAAUAUAAAUUAUAUUUAUCAUUUGUUUGAUAUAUCAAAAGCGCUUGUAUAUGUAUUAGUUGUAUAGAAGAGUUAUCGCAAAGCUUUCUUGUUCAAUAAUAUGUAUAUAUAUAUUAUUGUAGAAUAAAGAUGCCGUAUAGUGUAGUAUGCAAUAAAUAAAGAAAAAUUUA